UUCAAAUGCCCCAUUCUCUCCACCAUCCGAAUCCUCUCGUCCUUUUUUCUCUCUUUUCCAUUCUUUCUCCGUAUCUUCCUAAUUCUACUCCAUGUUCGCCCGUCUCACCCAACUCACCCGCCAUUUAUCCCGCCCAUCACUCGCUUUUACUCCGGCCAUCACGAAUCCCGCACCGUCGCUAUCUCCAUUGCACCAUCGCGCUCCGUCCAUGAUGACAUCAUCUGCCAUAACAAAUGCCUCAAAGACAAUACAUACUGCGGCUUGUUUGAUUAUUGGUGACGAGGUUCUUGGUGGAAAGACCAUCGACACCAAUUCCGCCUACUUCGCCAAAUACUGCUUCCAGCUUGGAAUACAGCUAAAGCGCAUCGAAGUCAUUGCCGACGAUGAGAACGAAAUCGUCGAGGCCGUCCGUCGCAUGAGCAACAAAUAUGAUUUUGUCGUGACUAGUGGAGGAAUUGGGCCAACCCAUGACGAUAUAACCUAUGAAUCGAUAGCCAAGGCCUUUGGCCUGAAGUUGAAACUAUACCAACCAGCCUUCCAACGGAUGAAGCAGCUCUCCAGACCCCAUCCCAUGCAGCCCCAUUUCGACUGGGAGAAACCCUCCCCGGGACUCACUGCGAAGUUGCGCAUGGUCGAACUUCCGCAUGACCCGAAGGCUCCCGAAGAGCAGCAGGCCAUCUUCGUCGCGGAUGACAUGUGGGUUCCCAUUGCGGUGGUUAACGGAAACAUCCAUAUUCUCCCUGGUGUGCCGCGUCUGUUCGAGCGAUUGCUCGAGUGUCUCAAACCCAAUCUGCUGCCGCGCUUGACGAACCCUGAGGGCAAGGGUAUCUACCGCUUCCUCUUCAGCACGCCGCUCCCUGAGAGUGCCAUCGCACCGUACCUGACGGAACUUGCCAGACGGGCUAACCCGCACGGCGUUAAGGUGGGUAGUUACCCCCGUUGGGAGAAGAAGCGGAACACCGUCACUUUGGUUGGCGGUAACAAGCAUUUCAUGGAGACGCUUGUGCCGGAAGUCGAGCACAACGUCCACGGCCGCAAAGUGAGCCGGGAAGAUGAAUUGGACCCCCCUUCGGACUGUGAGAAAUAAAAAGCUCUCAACAUGUGCCGGAACUGGUUCAUAUUUUGCUAUGUUCAUGUGUAUUGAAACUUGAUUAUGUAUAUAGACUCCAGAUAGUCAAAUGAUUGGCGUGGAUAGCUGCUUUUUGGGCAUCAGAUGUCAGGCCAAGUACAUGAAUCCCUGUUUUAUAUUCAAUAAGCUCAUUUCAUUGCAAUGUGACGUUGAAAGGUUCUCUCAUAUCGCGCUACUAUGUAUUUUCUAGUCGGG